AUGAAGGAAGUCUUCUUUUCGUUAGGAAUCCCUGUGGAUAAUCCUGCUUACUUCACCUUUGACCACGAAUGUCUUAGAGCAAUACUUACCUGGGGACAGGCACCUGAAGCUGCUACUCUGAGGACUAAAAAGGAAGAAAAGAAAUCACAGUCAAUCGCCAAGUUUUGGGAGAAUGUCGCGUCUGUAGAAGAUCAGAGGAUGGCGGCUAUAGCUAGACGCAGAGUUGUGGUGGUAUGA